UAAGAUAAAUGUGUGCUCUCAAGACACACGUCAAUACAGCUCAACUCAACCACACGAACCGAGGAGAGGAAGAUUUCGCUCUCGCGUCAUGUCCUUAGCCAUGCCAACUCUUCUUUUGAUGUUCGUACUGGAUUUUGCCGCAAUCUUUUUCAACGGACUACUGCUACUGAGCUGCUUCAGACAUGAAAAAAAAUACAGAUUUUUCAAAAAGUGCUGGAUACUUUUAGGUCUUCAGGUCGCUUGCCAAGUUGUAAUUCUGGUCGCGGAUGCCGUGGAAUGGUGGAAUGGUUUCCGUAUUCAAGCUACGGAAUCCUGUAAUAAGUCCUUAUUCGUUAUGGUUUUUCUUGCAGCAUGUUCGGUGCUGAUUUUCAGCGACGUGGCACUUGCUCGUUUCGAAUCAGCUCUAUGGGGUCGCGAUUUGAAAAGGGACACGUCGUUUGAUGGAACUGUUUAUUUACUGAUCCUGAAAUUUUGUUUGGGAACAUGUUUGCCAUUAACACUGUAUGAUUUAAUAAAUUUAAGCUAUCCCAGAAAGAAAGGUUACAAAUCCGUCUCAAACUACUCCAGCAGUGAGACGCGAAGUCACCUAUAUUCUUCGGCUCAGUCUAACACGGAAACAUGA